AUGGCAAGGAUUUGGCCUCAUCUUCUAGUGUGUGCCUUGGCAUUGUGCCUUGUGGCCUCUAAUGUGGCUGCUGCCUACAAGGCUCCCACUCAUGACUCACCACGUCGAACGAGACCGUAUGUUUACAAGUCGCCGCCUUCUCAAUCUUACAAGCCACCAAAUUCUUACCCUCACAAAUCUCCUUAUGUAUACAAACCACCACAAAAUUCUCCAUCCCCUCCACCUCCACCUCCAUUGCCAUCGCCAUCACCUCCUCCUCCAUAUGUUUACAACUCCCCGCCACCACCUUCUCCUUCACCACUUCCUCCAUACGUGUACAAGUUGCCGCCACCACCUUCUCCUUCACCACCUCCUCCAUAUGUUUAUAAGUCACCGCCACCUCCAUCACCAUCUCCUCCUCCUCCUUAUGUUUACAAGUCCCCGCCGCCACCCUCGCCUCCACCACCUCCUCCAUAUGUCUACAAGUCGCCGCCACUACCUUCUCAUUCACCUCCACCUCCUUAUAUUUACAAGUCUCCCCCACCUCCAUCUCCCUCACCACCUCUUUCAUAUGUUUACAAGUCUCCUUCUCCACCAUCCCCAUCACCUCCUCCUCCUCCUCCAUCUCCGUGCCCGCCUCCUCCAUAUGUUUAUAAGUCGCCCCCACCUCCAUCUCCAUCUCCACCACCUCCAUAUGUCUAUAGAUCUCCACCACCUCCACCUCCUUAUCCAUCACCUCCUCCUCCUUAUGUCUACAAGUCCCCACCUCGUCCAUCCCCAUCACCUCCACCUCCUUACUACUAUAAAUCUCCUCCUCCACCAUCUCCCUCACCUCCUUCUCCCUACUAUUACAAAUCACCACCACCACCUUCUCCUUCACCACCGCCACCUUAUUACUACAACUCCCCACCACCUCCCAAGGUUUAG